AUGGCAGUAGCAGCUUAUGCAACUUUACGCUCCCUCUCACAUGUCCUUGACAAUCUCCAGCUUCCUCCUCGUCUCCGUCGGCUUCAUGUCGACACAGAUCGAAUUCGGGGCCUGCAAGAGACUGUUCAGUUCUUGCUAGACUUUCUUGAAGCUCAUUCCCAAAGAAUAAGUGAAGAAAUUGGAGUUCUGGGGAGGCAAAUUGCUGAUGCUGCUGCAGAAGCAGAAGAAGUUGUUGACCGCCAUGUAGUGGAUCAGCUUCGGUUUAGAUCUGAGGAAGAAAGCCACUGUAUGGCAGCCCUCUCAUCUUUCUCUCAAGAUAUAGACAAAGUCACUGGAAAGUUGGAUUCCCUCACAACAGAGUUGACGAAGAUGGUGAAAGAAGAAUGGGCAGUCGACGCCCAAGAAGAGCAGUGCAUAGUGUCUGUGCCUCUCAAAUCACCAAAAGUGAGUGGCAAGAAGACUACUAUGGUGGGAUUUGAUGAACACUUGGAACAAAUCGUGGAUAAGCUCACCAAAGGUGAACUUGAGCUCCAGAUCCUCCCCAUUGUAGGGAUGGGAGGGAUUGGUAAGACUACUUUAGCUCAAAAUGUUUUUGAUCAUCCAUAUACUGUACACUACUUUCCUAAACGAAUUUGGCUUACAAUAUCUCAAGAAUAUAGUGUACGGGAAAUUCUUUCGUCCCUUCUUCAUAAUGGAAAAAAGCAAGAGAGUAGUCAAACUUUGGUCGAAUUAGGACUACGAUUGUACCAAAGUUUAUUCGGGGAAAGAUAUUUGAUAGUUAUGGAUGAUGUAUGGAGUGUAGAGGCUUGGAAUGAGUUAAAGUUGUUCUUUCCAAAUGACGGAAAAGGAAGUCGAGUUAUGCUGACUACUAGGGAGUCAAGCUUGGCGAUUUUUUUGGGCUCUCAGGAAUCUUAUUCCUUAGAUUUUCUAAAUGAGGAAAAAAGUUGGAAUUUGUUUUGUCCAGAAACCUUUGCACAAAAAGAUUGUCCAUAUCUGGAAUUGGAGGAAAUUGGUAAAAACAUUGCAAAGAGUUGCAAUGGACUUCCACUAACAAUUGUUGUACUCGGCGGGAUGCUUGCAAACUCCAACAUGACACGGGAAUAUUGGGAGUCUGUCGCAAAAGAUGUAAGAACUUUUCGUAAUUCAAAAGAUUAUGAGGGAUGUCUAAAAAUAUUAUUUUUGAGCUAUAACAAUUUGCCCGUUCAUCUUAAACCAUGUUUUCUCUAUAUGAGUAUUUUUCCUGAAGAUUUUCAGAUCCGUAUUUCCGAGAUAACCAAAUUAUGGAUUGCUGAAGGAUUUCUAAAAUCAAUAAGAGGUAAAAGCUUGGAAGAAGUAGCAGAAAAAUAUUUAAGAGACCUUAUUGAUAGAAAUUUAUUUUUGAGUCUUAAAUUUGGGUUUGAUGGAAAAAUAAAAGAAUGUGGAAUCCAUGAUCUUCUGAGAGAUUUAUGUUUGAGAGAAUAUGAAAAAGAACAUUUCAUUUAUGCCCCAAAAGUGCAACAUGUUGGUGCUGGUGGUGUGGAGGGGGACAAAUGCUUCAUAUGUUACAAUGGGACCUCACUCCAAAGGAUAGAUCUAAAUGAAGUGCAUGAUGCCUCACAACUGACAUCUCUUGCAAGUGUUUUGGUCUGUAACACUUGCAAAAAUAAGUAUCCGAAUCUUAAUAAAGCGAGAGUGGUAAGGGCAAGAUUAGUGAGAAAUUCGUGGGGGCGGAAAGUCUGCACCCUACUAGCUUGCGUGUGGGAUAGGCCACAGCUUAGGCAUUUUCUUGGUUUUGCUCACUUUGUUUUGCCUAAGGAAGCGGCCACUCAAGAUUUCGUUAUUAUGGAAAACCUACAUACACUUUCUUGUAUGAGAAAUUUCAGGUGUACAAAGGAUGUCCUAAGAAGAAUACCAAAUCUAAAGAAACUAGGUAUUUCCUAUGAUAAAAAGAACAAAACAGAAUGGACGUACAAUUGUCUCUACAAUCUUGUCCGUCUGCAAAAACUCGAAUCACUUUCUAUCAAAGGUAAGUUUCUUCCAUUGGAGAAUCCCACCUUCCCGACUUCACUUAAGAAGCUGCGGUUGGAAGGUUGUAAUAUUCCUUGGGAAAAGAUAAUGAGUGUUGGUUCCUUAUUGCCUAAUCUUGAAAAGCUUGUAUUGGAAUCUAAUUGGAUCAAGGAGCCCGAGUGGAAUCAAGUUGAAGGCGACUUUCCUCGACUCAAAUUCUUGAAAAUUUAUGACGGUGAUAAGCUAAAGCGAUGGAGGGCAGAAAAUAUCCACUUUCCUAAUCUUGAGAUCCUCUUUCUCGAGUGCAUGCUAGAUUUGGAGGAGAUCCCUGCAAUUCUUGGAGAUAUACCCACACUCCAUUCCAUUUAUUUGACAUAUUGUACCGAUUUUGUCAUCAAUUUGGCAAAGCAAAUAGUGGAGGAACAACAUAGCUAUGGAAAUGAGAUUCUUCAACUUUAUAUAAAUGAAAAAAGGUAUCAAGUUGGUAGUUCGUAG